CUGUGAAGUUGAAGACUUGCUCCACACAUCAGCCUCACUUACGACGGUACACACUAUCAGUUUUUAUUCCACCAAGCGUGUCCGAUCCGAUCAUCAACGCUGACCGGCAUGUCGACAACCAACCUCAUGAGAGCGGCGAGGCCCAUCCGCCGGGCUGUUGCCGGCCCCGGUGCCAGUGGGGGCACUUGGAGCAUUGCCUGCCGUCAGCGAUUCACCACUUCGGCCGUCCGAAGCAACAUCUCUGGAGAGAGCAGUGGUAGCAGCAAUGGUAAAGCACGCCAGACACGAUGGGCUUCGACAUGGCCUCCUGUAUCAGGAGCCUUUGCCAUCGCCACUACCGCCGGUCUCCUUGGCUGGAGUCUGUCAGAGUUUCGGCAUAACGGGUUUCCCGGAGCUAUGUUGAUGGAUAGUAUCUAUCCUGCGCCGGACUAUGCAAGUCUACACGAAAUGGAGCAGGCUAUCGCUGAGAUCAGAAGAGAGAUUGAGGGCGAGGACAUCAUCUCAACUGACCCGGAUGACCUCCACGCUCAUGGAUAUUCGGAGUGGUCAUCGACCAACCCGGAGGGAUUGCCAGUUGCGGUAGCCUACCCCCGGUCAACGGAGCAAGUGUCGACAGUCGCACGGAUAUGUCACAAGUACCGCGUACCAAUCAUUCCGUAUUCUGGAGGGUCCAGUCUGGAAGGAAACUUUUCUGCGCCUUACGGGGGAAUCAGUGUCGAUUUUGCCUUUAUGGACAAGAUCGUGCAGUUCAACAAAGCCGAUAUGGACAUUGUCGUUCAGCCUAGCAUUGGGUGGCAGGAUCUGAAUGAGCAGCUGGCUAAGAUGGAGAGUGGUCUCUUCUUUCCCAUUGAUCCAGGCCCGAGUGCCAAGAUUGGUGGUAUGAUCGGCACCAACUGCUCCGGUACGAAUGCCGUCAAGUACGGCACCAUGAAAGACUGGGUCAUUAACCUGACUGUGGUCCUCGCCGAUGGCUCCGUCAUCAAGACCCGCCGGCGUCCGCGCAAGUCCUCAGCCGGCUACAACCUCAACAGUCUCUUUGUGGGCUCGGAAGGGACUCUUGGUCUCGUAACAGAAGCGACUCUCAAGCUAGCCGUCGUCCCCGAGGAGCUCUCCGUUGCAGUCGUCACCUUCCCCACGAUCCGCGACGCAGCGUCAGCAGCCGCGGAAGUCAUGCAACGGGGCAUUCCCGUCGCCGCCAUGGAGAUCAUGGACGAGGUGCAGAUGAAGGUAGUCAACAUAGGCGGAGCCACUGCGCCGCGGGUGUGGAAGGAGAUGCCGACACUGUUCUUCAAGUUUGCGGGGACGAAAGCGGGCGUGCAGGAGAACAUUGAUUUGGUGCAGAGAAUCACCAAGACAAAUAAGGGGAGCAACUUUGAGUUUGCCAAGGAUGCGAGAGAGCAGAAGUUGUUGUGGUCGGCGAGGAAGGAGAGUCUGUGGAGUAUGCUUGCUUUGAGGAAGGAGGGGGAGGAAGUUUCAAUACUAACACCACUGGUCGUUACAGGGAGCACCGAUGUCGCGGUCCCCUUCAGUCGGCUAGCGGACAUUAUCGAAGUUAGCAAAAAGGAGAUGGACGACUUGGGCCUCUUCGCUAGUAUCCUGGGCCAUAUUGGCGACGGCAACUUCCAUGAGAGUAUUAUUUACAACCGGCAGAAGAAGGAGGAGCGGGAUAAAGUGGAAGUGUGCGUGAAGAAUAUGGUCAAGAGGGCGUUGGAGAUGGAGGGGACAUGCACGGGUGAGCACUCGAUUGGCUGGGGCAAGAAGGAGUCGUUGUUGUGGGAGGUUGGGCCGGAUACGCUGGGUGUUAUGAAAUCGAUCAAGUUGGCUCUAGAUCCGAAGUGGAUUAUGAACCCAGGCAAAAUCUUCGAUCGUCGAGGGUAACUGGAUGGGAAAGGAGAUGCGAGAUGGGGUCUAUAUAAUUUUCUGUAAGGG